AUGGCCCCCUCCCUCGGGGAGAUCUCCUGGACACUCCUCCUACAAGUCUGCGUCCUGGUUGGUGCAGCCGCCCGUUCGGCAGUUGCACCCGGAGGGUCAGCCCUGAGCUGCCCUGGAGCCUACAAUCACCUGCCGCGAGCGGGGCGAGUGGACGUAACAGCCCUGAACUUUCACUGGCGGGGCUACGACCCCCUUUCAGGGCUCAGGACUGAGGUGCGCCUCACACUGCAGCGGCCCUGCCGCAAGGGGGGGGGCGGUGCCCUGGCCCGUGCCGACGGAGCCUCUGUGGCAACGGAGGGCUGGGGCCGCUCCUGUGCCGACGGAGCCUCUAGCGAGGGCAACGGGGGGGCUCCCACCAGGCCUCAGCCACUGGAAGGCCACCUCAAUGACCAUUGUGCCGGGACCCUCAGUGGGGACACCCGCAAGCCAUCCACCCUAGAUGCCGCCCGGCUGCUCGGGCCUCUGCUGUGCUGCCUGGUGCCGCUGUGCCGGCCGACCCUGGCGCUGGGCCCGCCAGCGGUCCUGACCUUGCUCAAACCUGCGCCGCCAACAUCCCCGUCAUGCGGCAUGUGCCCAAACUUGCUAGGGCUGCCUGGGCUCAGUGCCUCACCCGUGCUUUGGCCGGAGUUGCUGCCACCAACUCGCUGGCCGCCUGGACCGAACUACUUUAUGCUGGCCGAGCAAGCCGCCCAAUACACCCUGCGACGUCAGCGCUGGCUGGGCGGGGAGCGAACCGCCCUCUGGAGCCUCCCGCUGCUCGUCGGCGGAGAACUCUCCAGACCUUGCGCUGCACUGGUGGCUCCGCCGUUGCUUGGUGCUGAAGACGGAGUGACUGCCAAACUGCGCGCUAAAUGUCCUCCAACCAUCAAGAGCUUCCGGCGCGGGAGCGCGGCUGGCCCUACCGGCCUGCGGGGUGACCAUCUCAAGGAAGUGCUGGGCACGGCGCACACCGACGAGGUCCUGGCCAACCUCACGCAGGUGCUUCAACUGCUCGUGCGGGGGCAAGCGCUGCUUGAGUUGGCCCCCCACCUGGCUGGAGCCUCCCUACACGCGGUGCCUAAAGCUGCUGAUGAUGUCCGGCCCAUCGCCGUGGGUGAGUGCCUCCGGCGCCUUGCUUCUAAGUGCCUCUGCGCUGCUUUCAAGGAUGCUGCUCGUGAAGUGCUCGCGCCUCUCCAACUUGGCGUGGCUGUGCCCUAUGGCGCUGAGGCGGCCGUACACACCGCACGUCAGUGGCUCGCCCCGUACGCUGAGUGGUGCUACGCUCAUCAUAGUCGCCUCCUGUUCCAGGGCGCCCCUAUGUUUUCUGAGGCGGGGGUCCAACAGCGGGACCCGCUGGGACCGCUGCUCUUUGCGGUGGCUCUGCAGCCUGCACUUCGUGCUGCUGCUGCUGGCGCCCCUGGCCAGCGCCCUGACUUGGCGUUUGCCUUUCUGGAUGACGUCUGCCUUGCGGGCAGUGUGCAGAACGUCAGCAGCGGGUUGGCCCGCCUCACUGCGGCCGCCCGGCAAGUGGGGCUCGUCCUCAACCCAGCCAAGUGUUGCCUCACCACUUGCAGCGACGACUGCCCCGUCAACCCCAGCCUGUUCCCGGCUGGGUUGCCU